AUGCAGAAAUAUUGCACAAAUAAACGAUUGAUUCUCCAUGGCUUGAUCAAACUUAGAAACUUUCACUCGGUGACAAAAUAUAGCAUACUAUAUCAAAAAUAUGAUAACGCAGAGCUCGGUCGAAAAUGGGAUGAUCGAUUUCCAGCUAGUGAGGGGGGAGAACGAAGGGGGAGAUUCAAUGAUCGGUUUAAAUCUAAUGAUAGAGUAGAAAGAAGGGAAAGGGUGGGUGAUCGAUUUAAAUCUAUUGAAGGAGAAGAGCGACGGGGGAGAUUCGAUGAUCGUUUUAGAUCGAACGAAGGAGAAGAACGCGGUGGCAGAUGGGAUGGUCGGUUUAAAUCUAAUGAAAGAGAGGAUCGGAGAGAAAGAUUUGAUGAUCGUAAUGACGGAGAAGAAGGGGGGAGGAGAUGGGAUAAUCGGUUUAAUUCUAAAGAAAGAGAAAAUCGAAGCGGAAGGCGGGAUGAUCGGUUUAAGUUUAACGAUAGAGAAGAAUCUGAACUCAGUACGAGAUUUGGUGACCGAUCUAGAUCUAUUGAUGGAGAAGAACGAAGGGGACGAUGGGACAAUCGGUUUAAACUCGAUGACAGUAAAGAACUCGGCGGAAGAUGGGGCGAUCGGUUUAAAUCUAAUGAUAGAGAAGGUCGAAGCGGAAGACGGGAUGAUCGGUUUAAACCUAACGACAGAGAAGAAUUCAAUACAAGGUCGGAUGAUCGACUUAGAUCUAACGAAGGAGAAGAUCGAAAAGGACGAUGGGAUGAUCGGUUUAAACCUGACAAUAGAGAAGAACUCAAUACAAGAUCGGAUGAUCUUAGAUCUAACGAAGGAGAAGAUCGAAAAGGACGAUGGGAUGAUCGGUUUAAACCUGACAAUAGAGAAGAACUCAAUACAAGAUCGGAUGAUCUUAGAUCUAACGAAGGAGAAGAUCGAAAAGGACGAUGGGACGAUCGGUUUAAACUUAGUGAAAGAGAAAAUCGAAGAGAAAAAUGGGACGACCGCUUUAAAGCUAAUGACGGAGAAGAACGGGGCAGAUGGAAUGACCGAUUUAGAUCUGAUGAAGGAGAAGAACGAAAGGGAAGGUGGGAUGAUCGCUUUAAAUCUAUUGAAGGAGAAGAACGAAGGGGAAGAUCCAAUGAUCGGUUCAAGUUUAAUGAUAGAGAAGAACGAGGAAGAAAAUGGGGUGACCAAUUUAAAUCUCAUGAAGCGGAAGAACGGAUUGACCGGAAAAAGAAAGAGGAUCCAUACUUGUCAAAGGAACCAGAACUCAAAAUUUAUCACUGGAAGGGUCGUGGAAGUAAGAAAGCAGCUUUGGGUGAGAGCAAUAAAAUGGACUUUGAUCCGGAGACCAUUGAAGCUCGUCGCUUGUGGCGGGCGAAAUUCGAAUAUAAUCACGAGUAUCCUGAAGAACUUACUCGAGUGCACGGGGUUACAAACCCAAAAAUUAUUCAUCUUCAGAAACUUCGUGAAAACCGUCAAUAUCGAGAGGAAGUGAAGCAGCUUACCGUUCAAGGCGAAGCGAAUGUUCGUGCUCUACAUCAACGAGGUAUCCCGAUUACUAGUUUAUAUAUAACCGCCCCAUAUAAGCCUAAAACAAAAUACGAGAUUCAACCGCCAGCAUUGGAUUACAUUAAGAAUCCUCGUCAAAUACCGGCGGAUCAAUACUACCUGAUUAACAUUGAUAUGGCAAGGAAAGUGUUAGGGACAGCAGCAAGGCCAGAGGAUCAUGACAUUUUUGCCGAAAUUUCUCAUCCUGAUAUUCCGCUUCCUACAGAUAAAAAAUUAGAUAAAGUGUUAAUCAUGGAUGGUGUCAACGAGGCGACAGAUGUUGGCUCUUUGAUAAGAACAGCCAAGGCACUCGGAUAUGAUGGAUCAUUUAUGGGCGAGAAGACUUGUGAUUUAUACGACGACUUUGUUCAGAGAUUUAGUGGGUUCCAUUCGAUAACAUGGCCUCAUACAAGUGGCGACACUGAGAAAUUGUAUAACCUUUUACAUGAGAAUGAUCUCAGUCUUGUCGUUGUUCAAGUCAUGCCAAGUAAUCAACCAAAUCCGCCACCGAGGAAGCUUAUUGAUGAUUCGAAUCUUUUGUUCUGGACAUUACCUCGUGAUCUUGAUGCUCCAUUUCCUAAAAAGAUUGCUACGUAUAUAUCCGUCACCGGACCGCGACCAUUGUUAAACCGACUCGUAGCUGAUGAGAAAAAGAGGCAUAAUAUAUGGUAUGUCAGUAUACCUAUGAAACCAGAGGUCUCUAAAAUGGACAUUAGUGCUGCCGGUGGGAUUGCUAUGUUUGAGAUAGAAAGAGUAUUGGCAAGAAGCAAUUAA